UAUCAUGUGGGGUGCGCGAGUGCGACCUUCCACCUCGCUCACCCGCGAUGCCUCGUCCCUCGUCUGCUUCUGAUAACAACACAAUAUAAAUGAUCGCCUAUAGUCGGCCCGCACUAUACUCGCUCAGUGUUCGUUCACCUACGUACUUGUGUGCGCGAUCUACGUAUCUAUCGCUCGCCUACAUUUACUUCAGCCCGCGCAGUUUUAUUUACGUUCAGUUCUCGCAGUCCUCAUGGCUAAAUUCAUCUACUGUGAUUUUCUUUCUCCCAAUUAAGUUUAUCCAGUGUUUUUGAAAGUGGACUCACAAGUGUUACAAACUUUCUGUGAACGCACUCAUUGCGUUACUAACGUGUCUUUUAAAAUUUACACUGGCACCAGCAUACAUGCAUUUUUCAAGCGAGGUGUUGCAAAAAAUGACCAUUGUUCUCAUGUACCGCAUCAACCCUAUCUACUAUUCAGACUACUCGGAUACGAUCUAAAUUAUUACCUGAAGCUCUAUCUUCUAAAAAGCUCUCUCUGUCAUUGGCUAUUUCACUUUGAAUACUACAAGUUCGGAGUAUAUUCCAAAGACAUCACCUGACAAAGGAAUUUUCUCGUCAACCGAAAAGGAAUUGACGAUAAACCAAAAUGGAUAUUGUGGCAAAUUACCACCCAGUGUUCAAGGCAUUUCUCGCCGGUUCUUUCUCCGGGACCUUCAGCACUAUAUUGUUCCAGCCGCUUGAUUUGGUGAAGACUCGUCUACAGAACCCUACUCAACAUGUUGUUGCGGCGACUGUCAACAGCCGAAUCCAACCCGGGAUGAUGACGAUUUUCACGAACAUCAUUCGGCAAGAACAAAUAGUGGGGCUAUGGCGUGGGAUGGUUCCCUCCAUAGCUCGCUGCGUGCCUGGAGUGGGAAUCUAUUUCUCCUCCCUGCAUUGGCUCAAGGCCAAGAUGGGGAAGUCUAAAGGCGACCUCGGUGCCUUGGAAGCUGUCACGUUAGGAGUCGUUGCAAGGACCAUGAGUGGAGUUGCUCUGAUACCUAUUACUGUGAUCAAAACUAGAUACGAAUCUGGAGUGUACAAAUACAACAGUCUGGGUGGUGCUCUGAAGGCUAUUUACAAAGCUGAAGGGUUCCGUGGCCUGUCUUGCGGCUUAGGACCAACUUUAGCCAGAGAUGCGCCAUUUUCGGGCCUGUACCUCAUGUUCUACUCUCAAACGAAGCAAAGCGUACCUAAAGAAUGGAUGCAAUCACCAACAGCUGCAAGCGCCGUCCACUUCAGUUGCGGCAUACUAGCCGGGAUCGCGGCGUCACUCGCGACCAACCCGGCUGACGUACUGAAGACCAAUAUGCAGCUGUAUCCAGACAAGUUUCCAAACGCUUUCAGUGCCGCUGUUUAUGUACAUCAGACAUACGGUGUUAGAGGAUAUUUCAAGGGUGCAGUACCAAGGAUGUUGCGUCGCACUCUAAUGGCCGCCAUGGCCUGGACUGUCUUCGAAGAAGUUACCAGAUCAAUCGGCUUGAAAUGAGAUUCUUUCUAGUUUAAUUCUACCAACUUGUGAUUUUUCUAAUGAUGUUAUUGGUUUGAUGUUCCUAGUUUUUGCAUCAUUAUGUAUUCGAAUAUAAUUCUAUGCUUUAAUUUAGUUUAGUUAUUCUUCUUAGGGUUAAUACAAUUUGUGAUAUGUGACCUGUAUUCGGUUUUAUUGUUAUUCGAUUUACAUGCCGUUUGUAUUUUGUUUCUUUUUCUAUGUUAUUCAAUCUAUAACCUUCGCCUAUAGGCCAGUUGUAUUGUAUAGAGGGAAUAUUUAGAUAGACUUAUUAUUGAUAUUGACAAUGUGCAUGGUUGUGUCAUCGAAUUACUAUUAUCCUUCUCUAACACAUAGAGCGAGAAAGAGACAGUGAAUGAGAACUGUCAAAUUGUUGACGAAAUGAUAUUUACGUCUCUUUCUAAUUAUCUGUGGGCGAGAGAGAAAAUAAUAUUUUAAUUUGGUGCACAAUACUAACAGUCUUUAUUUUUAUAGUGUUACACUUUUACGUUUACAAUGUAGACCACAUAGCCUUGUUUUAAUAAAGAAAAUAUAUUUUAUUUAAAUA